AUGGUUGUUUUUGUGGGGGCGCUGCCGCCGGACGCGGCCAAACGGUCCCUGGGCGUUACUCGCGCCGCGCGCCGCGGACAGAUGCUUCCGGAGGGCGUCGCGGAAAUCACAAGAUAUUUUGCCAGCGGGUGCGGAGAAGGCGUUCCUCCGCAUCUUCUGCUAUCUUCCUUCGUCUGCUGGGGAUGGAUCUCUUUUUCCCGACGGGACUGGCAAGUCUGUUGGGCGAACGCCCCGCAUGUGCCGGGGGAGCCGCCACGACGCACGCCGCUUCCACCGCGCUCUCUCAGGGCCAUUCCGCCCUUCCCCUGCCGGGCCCCGUCCUUUCCCUGGACCGGGACCCGGUUGGGGGCCAUCUCGCUGAAGCGGCAACCGCUGACCGCACACGGCCGGGAGCAGAAGUGUCGCUUCGAUACGGCGCGCCGCCCUCACGUGACGAACAACCCACCCGACAUGUUCGGCCCGCAAACAGCAGGGGCAUUUGAGACGCCACGAGCCCUCCAUCUAGGCGAAAGUGGCUGUAUUUCGCGGUCGCGGCGGGAUGGGAAUUCCAGACUGGAAGCGGUCUGGGUGGAGCUUUCGAGCAUGCGCACGCGGUUCCGGCUGGGGGCCCACGCGUGUUUUGGAACGCACGGGCACUCUAAGCGAUCAGGGUGGCCGCGAGAGAACCCAGUUCACCACAGGAGCCUUCAGGGCGUGUUGGCUGCGGCAGUGGGCCUUUGCGCCAAUUGA